AUGGAGGAAAUUGCGCAACAGUACCCACACUGUCGAAAUUUGCCGAUCGGAUCCUAUACGAACGUUCGUCCACAAAUCCUCAUCGGCCUGAAGCACGCUUCAGUUGGCCUGGUGCUGAAAAGUAAGGAGGGAAGUUUGGAACAACCUAUAGCCGUCAAAACCAGACUUGGCUGGACAAUAUGCGGGGGAUGUGAUACUAGUAAUACCUCAAACUUUGUCCACUAUACGUUCCACGCUUGCGAGUGCAGCCAUCAAUCCGACGAAGACGUACAUCAAAUGGUAAAGGAAUACUUUUCGAUGGACAGUCUAGGCAUCAUGAAAACGAGCAAAGAUCUGCUGUCAACAGACGAUCAACGAGCCGUCUCACUUCUCCGAUCUCUAACCAAGCUCAAAGGUAACCGGUAUGAGACUGGACUACUAUGGCGCUAUGAUGGUGUUCGUCUGCCAGAUAGUAAAGAAAUGGCAUUACGUCGACACUACGGCCUCGAGAAGCGAAUGCAGAAGGAUCCGGAGUUAGCCAGUGCUCUGAAUGAGAAGAUGUCUGAUUAUCUGGCUAAGGGAUAUGUUCGCCAACUGUCAGAUGAAGAGUUAAACAAACACUACCCAAAAGUAUGGUAUCUGCCAAUCUUUCCAGUUUUUAACCCCAAUAAACCUGGCAAAAUAAGGAUUGUGUGGGACGGAGCUGCAAAAGUAUUUGGCGUUUCCCUGAACUCUGCGCUGCUAACAGGUCCCGAUCAGCUGUGUUCACUCUUUGCAAUAUUGUUGCAAUUCCGUGAAUACCGGGUUGGCGUCACUGGGGACAUACGGGAAAUGUUUCACCAGAUCUUUAUGCGGUUGGAAGAUCAACAGUGUCUGCGGUUCUUCUGGACGGACAAGACUGGCAAAAUCCAGGUCUACGUAAUGAAUGUAAUGUCAUUCGGCGCUAGCUGCUCCCCAGCUAGUGCCCAGUAUGUAAAAAAUAUUAACGCGGACCGGUUUGCUGGAGAGUUUCCUGAGGCAGCUGAUGUCAUAAAGAAGCGGCAUUACGUGGACGAUGCGAUGUUUAGCACCGAGACGCCUGAGCAUGCCAUUCGCCUUGCGCAAGAGGUUCGGCAAGUACAUUCUGCAGGUGGCUUCGAAAUACGCAACUGGGUGAGCAACUCACGCCAGGUGUUAAACGCGCUGAGCGAAAGCAGUACUACGGAGAAGAACAUGGAUAUGUCGAUGGGACCGAUGGCUACCGAGAAAGUGCUAGGGAUGUGGUGGUGCACAACAGCCGACGAAUUCGUAUACAAAAUCGGAUGGAAUCGCUACAAUCCCGAUCUGCUCACCGGUCGUUGUCGACCCACAAAACGUCAGAUGCUCCAAGUCCUCAUGACUAUCUUCGACCCCCUUGGACUGAUUUCUCACUUCCUGAUGUUCUUGAAAAUUCUUCUUCAAGAAGUGUGGCGUGCCGGAGUUCAAUGGGACGAAGAAAUCGGCGAUUCCUUGUACGAGAAGUGGGCCAGAUGGUUGAAAGUGUUGCCGCAGGUGGAAAGCGUCAGAAUACCACGGUGUCUUCGAUCUUCGAUGAUCCCCAGUGACUGUAAAGUACAGCUACAUAUGUUCGUAGACGCCAGCGAAAACGGUAUAGCCGCCGCCAUGUUCCUCCGUUUCGAACACAAUGGCGUCGUAUGCUGCUCUUUAGUUGCAGCCAAGACAAGGGUGGCCCCCCUGAAGUUCCACUCCAUCCCACGACUGGAACUGCAAGCAGCUCUCAUAGGAGCAAGAUUAGCAAGGUCGGUUACGCAAACCCUUCAGACUACGAUACAUCAUGAAUUCUUCUGGACCGACUCUCGUGAUGUGCUCAGCUGGAUCAAUUCGGAUCAUCGACGAUACAGCACGUACGUGGCACAUCGUGUAAGUGAAAUACUCGACGUUACAGAAGCGGAAGAUUGGUUUUGGGUACCGACAAAACUAAACGUUGCAGAUGAUGGUACCAAGUGGGAUACACAACCUGAUCUUACUCCCGAAUCCAGGUGGUUCAGAGGUCCCGAUUUUCUCUACCGUAGCGAAUCGGAUUGGCCGAAAGUCUCGUCGAAGUCAGAUCCUACAGACAACGAGUUACGACCCUCCUUCGUGGCACAUCUCUCCUUGUCCGAUCCUAUGAUUAUCGUCUCGAAGUUCUCUAGCUGGAAGAAGCUCAUCAAUGUGGUUGCUUACGUUCACCGUUUUGUCGGAAACUGCCGUCGAAGGAGUACAAACAAGCCAGCUGAAAAUGGACCGCUAUCUAGAGACGAACUGUAUGCUGCUGAAGGUUUUCUGUUUCGCCUAGCUCAACUAGAAGGUUAUGCCGAUGAAGUAGCCUUCUUCUUGAACAACCGCAGUGAUACACCAGAUAGAACCCUUCCUAAAAGCAGCCGUUUAUACAAGCUGACACCCUGGUUAGACGAUCGCAGGGUAAUGCGAAUGCGGAGUAGAAUAGCCGCCUGCCAGUAUGCCACCGAAGAAACGAAGAACCCAGUGAUCCUUCCUAACGACCACCCUGUUACCUCCCUGUUAAUCGCCCACUACCACGAAAAAUUCCACCAUCAAAACCACGAAGCCAUAGUGAACGAACUUCGUCAAAAGUACGUCAUUCCUCGCAUUCGCGUUAAGUAUGCGGCGACAAGGAAGGGCUGCCAGCGAUGCAAAAACGAGUCCUCGAUUCCACAACCUCCAAUCAUGGCGGACCUCCCAGCGGAACGGCUAGCUGCUUUCACACGCCCUUUCACUCAUGUCGGCGUUGACUACUUCGGUCCCAUGGAAGUUGUUAUCGGAAGAAGAACGGAGAAAAGAUGGGGAAUGAUCGUCACCUGUCUUACGACACGGGCGAUCCAUAUAGAGUUGGCCAACUCGCUAAGCACCAGCUCAUGUAUAAUUGCUCUUAGAAGUUUCAUGGGCCGACGCGGAACUCCAAGGACUAUUCGGAGCGACCGGGGUACCAAUUUCAUUGGCGCCAGCCGUGAACUCAAGAACCUGCAAGAAGCAGUCGACUACGAACAGGUUAUGAAGGAAUUCGUAACCACGGAGACGAGCUGGACCUUCAACCCACCUCUGGCUCCCCAUAUGGGUGGCAGUUGGGAGCGGCUAAUCCGGAGCCUGAAGAAAAAUCUGAUGGCCAUCUGCCCUUCAAGGAAGCCAUCCGAAGAAGUGCUGAGGAGCCUACUCACGGAAGUUGAAAGCACGCUGAACUCCCGACCACUCACUCACGUGCCUAUCGAUAACGAGUCGUCACCUGCACUCACACCGAACCACUUUCUUCUGGGGUCGUCGGAUGGCUCGAAACCGUUUACCUCGCUGGAUGACAGUGGCGCCCUUCUCAAACAAAACUGGCGUACAUCACAAGCGCUGGCCAAUCAAUUUUGGAAGCGCUGGCUAUUGGACUAUCUCCCGGACAUUACAAGACGGACGAAAUGGUUCGUCGAUUCGAAGCCGAUUGACCGAGGCGACGUGGUGAUCAUCGUGGACUCCAACCUGCCCCGGAAUUCUUGGCCGAAAGGUAGAGUCAUCGCAACGCAACCAGGCAAAGAUGGUCGAAUCAGGUCAGCUACAGUAAGGACAUCGACCGGCAUAUACGAUCGCCCUGUGGCCAAACUGGCGGUCCUGGAUGUUCGACGCGGAGAGGAGCAAGCCGACCAGACGUCCGGCUUACCUGGGGGGAGUGUUGGCCAUCCCUAGUUGGCUGCGCAUCUCCACAAUCCAGCAGGCCCCUCGUUUGAUCGAGCGAAAGCAACCCUGGCAUGCGAUCGCCUGUGACGGCUAAAUGACAACGAGAAUUUGGUAGGUCUAUCAUCGAUCGGGGUAAGUGUCAGAUGAGGAAAACAAAGACUAUAAAGCCAAGAAAGUACACAAAGCCGUGCGGUGUAAAAGUUUUGCUUAAUACUAAAUUAUAUAUAGUUUGAUUUAAAAGUUAUCAAUAUUACUAUUAUUUGAACUUACAUUACUACCUAAUCUAGUGAGUAUAAUUAAAUUUAAUCGAACCUAUAACUAUCCUAAACCUAAAUUAAUAGCUUUUAGGGUACUACUGCUAAAUAGUGCUACUAUCUAACCUAAAAACUAGCCUACAAAGUUGGAAUCGCGCUUGCAGCCAGUACUCUCAAAACAGAUAAAAUAAAACAACUACAGAAAGGGGACUAAACGUGAGUAAAACACUAACAGCUAAAGCUUACACCGAUACCGACCACAUACAUACAAUAAAAUUAAUAUCGAACACACUUAUAGAUAUAGACAAACUACCUUAUAACAAACUAUGUAACCUAUUUACAGGAAAAUUAUAAUAUCUCUACGAACUCCUAAAUUCUGGGUUCU